AUGGACACCCUACCCAAGCUGCCCAAAUUGAAUAAGGCGCAAUUCAUUUCGUCCUUUGUCACCACACAACAAUCCAACGCUAAAUCUUACGUAGAGGAGGGAAGAGUGGCCGCCCUUAACUGGCAGCUUGGCCUCGACUCACUCAAAUCACGCCAGACCUUGCGAGUAUACAAGACUCGUGAAGUCGAUAACACGUCUCCUCCAACUGGUCGACCAGAGAGUGAAGCACCUGGAAGUAGAAGGAUCGCCCAUGACGCAAGGUAA